ACACAGCAACAUGUCGGCCGAAGUUGAGGAGAUGCUGAAGCAUUUCCAUUCCAUGAAGAACGUUAUGGGCAUCGUUGUGAUCGACAACGAUGGCAUACCCAUCAAGAGCACCCUGGACCACACCCUGAGUGUGCACUAUGCGGCCACAAUGCAGACCCUGCGGGAGAAGGCCCGCCAGGUGGUCCUCGACUUGGAUGCCACCAAUGAGUUCUCAUUUCUGCGUAUGCGUACCCUGUACCAUGAGAUUAUGCUGUGCCCAAAGCCAGAUUACUUUAUCGUAGUCAUACAGAACCCAAGCGAAUAGGCAACAAAAAACCAAAAAUUACGUUCCUGAUUAAAACUUAAUUCCGCGCAUUAAAGUAUUUAUUUGUAUCGGACACACAGUUGAGCCUCCCUCCACAUUUCAUUUGCUAUAAAAGUCAAUUACAAAGAAUUAAAGAAAUGUUCAGUAAAUGAAA